GGUCGCUGCGCAAGUGACGUCGGCAAGCAUCUGUCUACAACACAAACUUCGCGUUUGCGAAUUUGCGAAAUUGGUGAUCGACAUUCAUCGAAAUUGCCUGGCCCCCUCAUUCUGAGUACUAUGUUCUCCUCUUAUUAGACUCUGUCUUGCAGAGUCACGUUUUCCUUGCUAGGAGUGUAAACCGUGCUUGCAGUCAGGCGGAACAAUUCUUCUACUUAAGUGACAUUGCAAAGCUGUUUGUGACAUCAGCCGGACGCAAGCAACAGUUUACUUGAUCCAUGCCUGGUUUUCCUUUAAUGAUUACACUAUCUACGGUGUUACGAAUUGCUCCAUUACGAUUACCGUUACUGCCAUAAGAAGUCGGACAGCGAAAGGGUUAUUAGGGCACAAUGUCAUCUGCAGUGGAAAAGUCUCCAAGCAAGACAACAUUAGUUCCGCAGGCGAUGGAGAACAAGGAACCUCAAGAGGACUAUUCGAGUAUCAGAGGCAAAACCACGCUUGUCAGUCCCACUUCUGAGCAAUUUGAUCUUCUGCUGCGUCAGCUCCGCGAGAGGUUAGACGACGGUCGAGGAGAAACAAUUUAUGAGAUUGGAAUCGGAGAAGAUUCCACCGAGGCUGGUUUGGCUGAAGAUGAAUUUGAGGCCUCAGUGGCCACUUUGAAAUCGUUGGCCAGCACUCUUGACUCUGACUGCAAGGAGCUGCGUCAACGUCAGCUGGAGAAGGGUCUGACUGGCCAGUUCUUGGUCAGGAAGCGAUUAGAUGAGCAGGAUUUCUUGGAAAUCCGAGUGGCUGUGGUUGGAAAUGUGGACGCGGGAAAGUCCACCCUUCUUGGAGUCUUAACCCAUGGAGAGCUGGACAACGGCAGGGGACAUGCUCGCCAGAAGCUCUUCAGACACAAACAUGAAAUGGAGUCAGGAAGAACAAGCUCAGUUGGAAACGAUAUUCUGGGCUUUGACAGUAUAGGCAAUGUUGUGAACAAACCUGAGCACGGCUCCUUGGAUUGGGUCCGCAUCUGUGAGCGGUCGGCAAAGGUCAUCACAUUCAUCGACCUGGCAGGUCACGAACGAUACUUAAAAACUACUGUCUUUGGCAUGACAGGGCACGCACCUCACUUUGGAAUGUUGAUGGUUGGGGCCAACGCAGGAAUUGUUGGCAUGACAAAGGAGCACUUGGGGCUGGCGUUGGCCCUCAAUGUGCCCGUCUUUGUGGUGGUCACCAAGAUUGACAUGUGUCCACCAAACGUCCUGACCGACACCCUGAGAUUGCUUGUCAAAGUGCUCAAGUCUCAAGGGUGCAGGAAGGUACCUGUCAUGGUCAGAUCUGAAGAUGAUGUUGUCCUCAGCGCAACUAAUUUUGUUUCUGAAAGGUUAUGUCCAAUCUUUCAAGUAUCCAACGUUUCUGGGGAGAACUUGGAUUUGCUGAAAAUGUUUUUGAACCUGCUGACAACGCGGAACAAUGCCAGAGAUGAUGAGCCAGCUGAAUUUCAAAUUGAUGACAUGUACAGCGUCCCUGGUGUGGGAACUGUGGUAUCUGGCACAACUCUGGCGGGGACGAUCCGGUUAAAUGACACGCUCUUGCUAGGCCCAGAUUUGUUAGGUCAUUUCACUCCGAUUGCAAUUAAAAGCAUCCAUCGAAAAAGGAUGCCUGUCCGUGAAGUGCGUAGUGGACAGACUGCUUCUUUUGCUCUCAAAAAAAUCAAGAGGUCUCACUUGAGGAAAGGCAUGGUGAUGGUUGCCCCAUCAUUAAACCCAACAGCCUGCUGGGAAUUUGAAGGUGAAAUCCUGGUUUUACACCAUCCAACCACAAUCAGCUCUCGCUAUCAGGCAAUGGUUCACUGCGGAAGCAUCCGCCAAACUGCAUCUAUCUUAUCAAUGAAUGCAGACUGUUUACGAACUGGUGACAAAGCGCUUGUCCACUUCAGGUUCAUAAAACACCCUGAAUAUCUCAAACCUGGUCAACGGAUGGUUUUCCGUGAAGGCAGAACAAAGGCUGUAGGCAACGUUUUGAGGCUAAUUCCACAUGCCAGUCCAGGCGCCCAACUACCUCGACCAAAGCCUAACAAGAUGCAGAAACAGCAGCAUAUCAGUGCAGCCAGCCACACGCCAUCUCCAGCACCUUCAGUGUCAACGUCAGCAUCACUAGCUCAGAAUGAUGGAAGCACUGGACAGUUUGAGAUGGACAGGCGUGAGAACACGCCCAAUCGCACGGGGCGCAAGAGCAGAGGAAGGAGGGGAGGCAGGGGAAGGUCUUCUGCCGAUAGGACAUCUAGCCCAGGCGUGAAGCCUCUUGGGGAACAAAAUGCUGGCGCGGCAAGACCAGGAAAAGCUUGAAGCAAGCAAUCUCUUGAGAAAUUGGUUCUCUGGGACUUUUCCAUGAGAGCUCUUUUAAAUAAUUUUAAAUUUUAUUUUGAAGCAAAACUAUGCAUGCGAGAGUGUUUGUGUUCUAGGAGUACAAAGCCUACUCAUCAAAAUGCCAGAAAUUUUGUGUUCUUUUUGCCCUCUGUUAAUUGCCAAUGUUGAUUUCUAGGACAAUCUAGCUGUUUUAAUCCUGCCCACAUAUUUUCUGAUUUUAAAGAUCAAGCCCCUAUUGGAGAAGAUAUAUUUUGGAUUACUCCGGCUUGUAUAUUUACUUGCCCUAAUAAAGUUUUACUGUAUACAGCUUUAUGUUAAAGAUAAUUGAUCUCCAAUAAAGCAAUUGUUAACAGUA